GGAUUUAUAUAUUUGUUUCCACACAACAAUAUUGCUUUGGAAAAUGUAUUGGUAUAUAAAUAUGGUAUGAAGUGAAAUGUCAUGAACUAACAACUUGAGAUCAAAAGUUACAAUGAAGAUACAAGUUCUGACUUUUACUAUGAAUGGAUUGUUCAUAUUAAUAUCUUUUUUUUUAUAUAUAUAAAAUGGAACUUUAGGAAGUUGUACAUUUUACAUCAGAAAAUUCUGUAGAAGCUGUACCUCACACCUGGGUAAAAAAGACUAAAUGUGCAAGGCCUAAAAAUCCAAAAUUGGUAAAAAGAUUUAUAGAGAAUCAUGUUAAACUAAACCCCACUGAAUUUUAUUAUUGCCCCGCAAGAAAAUUGGGAAAAGGAGUUAUGAUUUAUUGACAUUGGCUCAAAUGAAGGCUGUAAAAGCUACACUUACUAAUGAUUUAACCUCAACUGAUGAUGCUCAAUAUAAUAUGUCAAAAAAAAAUUAUUCAACUAAACAACAAUCCGGUAUAAUUACAAAAGAAUCACAUACCUCACCACCAAAAUAUAAUGAAUAUUUAGAAUCAAAACAUGAUUAUGAAGAAUUAAGUUGUAAGAACAAUAUUGAACAAAACAAAGCUCAAAAACCAUCUAACAGGUGUCCACCAAAAAAAAUGUACAAGAACAAGAUGAUGACAGCAGUCAUGAUGAUUUACGUGAUACAAAUUGGAUGUCAAAAUCAGUUUUUAAUAAUAGUAGCAGUGAUGAUGACAUUGUGGUUGGAAUGCCAUCAAAGGAUAACAAAUUCGUAAAGAAACUGUAUUCUUCCAAAGAAAAUUGGAAAACUCAUAUUGUUGAUACACCAGAACGAUAUUAUAACACAACAGUUACACAUUCUCCAGCUACUGAUAAAUGGACUGUAAACAAAACAC